CUGCUGGCAUCUUCCCCUCAGUCUUGUCUCAAGACCUUCACAUGAGCUGUGCCCUCUGCCUGGGACACUUUUUCUCCAUGGCUGGCACCUCUUCCCACUGCCUCAGCAGGCUGCAGUGUCACCUCCUCAGAGAGGCCUCUCAGCUAAGAACUUGUCCUUUGCCAUUGUUACCCGUUCUUUUUUUUCCUUGACUUCAGUAAUUGAAAUUAACUUGUUCUUUUAAUUGUUUCCUAUUUACUCUCUGCCUCCCCCAUGAGACUGGGGGCCCCUGAGGGCAGGCAGGGAUUAUUUGUGGCCUUGUCCACACUGGGUCCCCAGGGUACAGCACAGGGGCCGGUACACAACAGGUGCUCAAUCAAUGUUUGUUGAGUGAGUGAAUGGCCAGAUAUGAGUGUUUAAGCCCGGUCUGGGGGCUCCGGAGAGCAUUCUUAGGGAGACACCCAGUAGGUUUCUGGACCACAGGGCAGGCCAUCUGAGGGUGACACUGGGCAUGGAAGAGACAGGGUAGAGAGUCUAAGAGAGACUCGAGCAACAAAACUGGUGGCAAGAGGGAUGGGCAGGGUUAGUGCUACACACUAGGCAGCAGUACCCCCUCCAUGCCUCAGUCUCCUGUUCUCAGAUGUGGGGUCUGGGCUCCAGUGUCAGUCUUGGGCCAGUUCCCAAAGUAAUGUGUGGCCCCUGAAGGGGCUGGUCUUGGAGUGAUUCUGUCCCUGAUUUGCUGGGCCUAUCAUGAGAGGAGGAAGCAUUAAUUCACUGCCUACUAUAUGAGACAUUUCUCCUUCUAUAGUGAACACGAUGUACUGUUCCCCGGUACCAGUCCAGUACCAGUUAUUUUCUGUGCCUUUGAUUCUAUUCCAUUUUCAUGAGGGACAUGUGUAGAUGGGGAAACAGAAGCUUGAAGGUUAGCCCGAUGCUAACAUUUACAUCUAACUCGUGUAAUCCUUUUAACCCUGUUUUCCUCCCAUGUUACAGUUGAAAAGACUGAGUCUUGCGAAGUUAAAUCAGGCGUCUGAUAUCUGACUGUGGCCGAGCUGAUGGCCUUUUCUAUCACACAGACAGGCAGAGCAUGUCAGAUGCCCUGACUCAGUUUGCUAAACAGCCCUAUGUGCCGGUCCAGUACUGGGAGGUGCAGGGGCCCUAAGACGUCCAAGCCUUGGGAAGACAACCGGACAGCCACAAGAGAAGGCUUCCUGGAGGAGGGGAUCCUGGAUUUCGCCAGCUGCCGCAGCGGGAACCGCAAGAGCCUCGUGGUAGGAACACCCUCACCGACCCUUUCCCGGCCCCUGUCACCACUGUCAGUCCCAACCGCAGGCAACAGCCCUUUAGAUAGUCCCCGGAACUUCUCAGCUGCGUCAGUUGUCAACUUCCCCUUUGCCCGGAGGGCUGACGGCAGAAGAUGGUCCCUCGCAUCCCUCCCAUCUUCUGGCUAUGGAACCAACACACCCAGCUCCACCGUCUCGGUACCCACAGUCCCACCUUGGCAGGCAGACAGGCGGUCAAGCUCAUCUUCCCGGGAGCGUCUCCACCAGCUUCCUUUCCAACCAACACCAGACGAACUGUGUUUCCUGUCCAAGCAUUUCCGCAGCUCAGAGAGCGUGGCUGAUGAGGAUGGCAGCCACCGCUCACCCCACCUUCGCCCCCGCUCCCGAAGCCUCAGCCCAGGACGUACAACAGGGACCUUCGACAAUGAGAUCGUCAUGAUGAAUCACGUGUACCGGGAGAGGUUCCCUAAGGCCACAGCCCAGAUGGAGGGCCGUCUACAAGAGUUCCUUGCUGCCUUUGCACCUGGUGCCCGGCUGGCGCUGGCUGACGGCGUCCUGGGCUUCAUCCACCACCAGAUCAUCGAGCUGGCCCGCGACUGCCUGGCCAAGUCUGGAGAGGCACUUGUCACCUCCCGCUACUUUCUGGAGAUGCAGGAGAAGCUGGAGAGGCUGCUGCAGGAUGCCCAUGAGCGCUCGGACAGUGAGGAGGUCAGCUUCAUCGUCCAGCUGGUCCGGAAGCUGCUGAUCAUCAUCUCGCGGCCAGCAAGGCUCCUUGAGUGUCUGGAGUUUGACCCUGAGGAGUUUUACCACCUGUUGGAGGCUGCUGAGGGCCAGGCCCGUGAGGGCCAGGGCAUCAAGACGGACCUGCCGCAGUACAUCAUUGGGCAGCUGGGCCUGGCUAAGGACCCCCUUGAGGAGAUGGUGCCUCUGAGUCACCUGGAUGACAGCGAACAGCCCCCAGCACCCGAGUCCCUGGAGAGCCGUGCUCUAGUUGGCCCAUCACGGAGGAAGCCGUGUGAGAGUGACUUCGAGACCAUUAAGCUCAUUAGCAAUGGAGCCUAUGGGGCUGUCUACUUGGUGCGGCACCGGGACACACGGCAGCGCUUCGCCAUCAAGAAGAUCAACAAGCAGAACCUGAUGCUCCGUAACCAGAUCCAGCAGGUCUUCGUGGAGCGCGACAUCCUCACCUUCGCUGAGAACCCCUUCGUGGUCAGCAUGUUCUGCUCCUUCGAGACCCGGCGCCACCUCUGCAUGGUCAUGGAGUAUGUGGAAGGCGGUGACUGUGCCACGCUUCUAAAGAACAUGGGCCCGUUGCCCGUGGACAUGGCCCGCAUGUACUUCGCGGAAACGGUGCUGGCACUCGAAUACCUGCACAACUACGGCAUUGUACACAGGGACCUCAAACCUGACAACCUGCUCAUCACCUCACUUGGCCACAUCAAGCUGACUGACUUCGGCCUGUCCAAGAUCGGGCUCAUGAGCAUGGCCACCAACCUCUAUGAGGGCCACAUUGAAAAGGACACCAGAGAGUUCGUGGACAAACAGGUAUGCGGGACGCCCGAGUACAUCGCACCCGAGGUGAUCUUCCGUCAGGGCUAUGGCAAGCCAGUGGACUGGUGGGCCAUGGGCAUCGUCCUCUAUGAGUUCCUGGUGGGCUGUGUGCCUUUCUUCGGAGACACCCCUGAGGAACUCUUCGGCCAGGUUGUCAGUGAUGAGAUCAUGUGGCCAGAUGGGGAGGAGGCCCUUCCACCUGAUGCCCAGGACCUCAUCACCAGGCUGCUCCGGCAGAGCCCACUGGACCGUCUGGGCACUGGUGGCACCCAUGAGGUGAAGCAGCACCCCUUCUUUUGGACGCUGGACUGGGCAGGGCUCCUACGACACAAGGCUGAGUUUGUGCCACAGCUCGAAGCCGAGGAUGACACCAGCUACUUCGAUACACGCUCGGAACGGUACCGGCACCUGGGCUCUGAGGAUGACGAGACCAAUGACGAGGAGUCGUCCACAGAGAUCCCCCAGUUCUCAUCCUGCUCCCACCGGUUCACCCAGGUCUACAGCAGCUCCGAGUUCCUAGCCGUGCAGCCCACCCCCACCUUCGCUGAACGGAGCUUCAGUGAGGACCGAGAAGAAGGGUGGGAACGCAGCGAUGGGGAGUAUGGCCGCCGACUGAGCACCGACAUCCGGCUGAGGUCCUGGACAUCCUCCGGUUCCUCCUGCCACUCAUCCUCUUCCCAGCCUGAGCGGGGACCAAGUCCUUCUCUCCUGAGCACCAUCAGCCUGGACACAAUGCCCAAGUUUGCCUUCUCAUCAGAAGAUGAGGGAGCUGGCCCAGCCGCUGUGGGCCCCAAGAGACCUGUCUUUAUUCUGGGGGAGCCUGACCCGCCCCCAGCAGCCACUCCAGUGAUGCCCAAGUCCUCGACCCUCUCUGCUGACCCUGCCACCCUCAGCCACUCACGCCUACGGAGCAACAGCACUGGUGCCCGACACUCCACACCACGGGCUUUGGAUGCCAGCCGGGGCCGCCGCCUUGGGGGCCCAAGAGAUCCAGCCCCUGAGAAGUCCAAGGCUUCCGCCAGCGGGGGCCGUGUGCCCAAGUCGGCCUCAGUGUCCGCCCUCUCACUCAUCAUCACAGCCGAUGAUGGCAGUGGAGGCCCCCUUAUGAGCCCCCUGUCCCCACGCUCACUCUCCUCGAACCCAUCAUCCCGUGACUCCUCUCCCAGCCGAGACCCGUCCCCUGUGUGCGGCAGCCUGCGGCCCCCCAUUGUCAUCCACAGUUCUGGCAAGAAGUAUGGCUUCAGCCUGCGGGCCAUUCGCGUCUACAUGGGUGACAGUGACAUCUACACUGUGCACCAUGUCGUCUGGAACGUGGAGGAGGGGAGUCCCGCCCAGGAGGCGGGCCUGCGAGCUGGAGACCUCAUCACCCACAUCAAUGGGGAGUCUGUCCUGGGGCUGGUGCACAUGGACGUUGUUGAGCUGCUGCUGAAGAGCAGCAACAAGAUCACCCUCCGGACCACAGCCCUGGAGAACACUUCCAUCAAGGUGGGUCCCGCCCGGAAGAACGUGGCCAAGGGCCGCAUGGCACGCAGGAGCAAGCGGAGCCGCCGGCGGGAGACGCAGGACCGGCGGAAGUCGCUCUUCAAGAAGAUCUCGAAACAGUCAUCAGUGCUGCAUACCAGCCGCAGCUUCUCCUCCGGCCUCCACCACUCCCUGUCAUCCAGCGAGAGCCUCCCAGGCUCGCCCACCCACAGCCUCUCCCCGAGCCCCACCAUGCCUUGCCGCAGCCCCGCCCCCGAUGCCCCAGCCGACACUGCAUCUCCACCCAGUGUAUCUCCGAGCUCCAGCAGCCCUGCCUCUCCAGCUGCCACUGGCCACACUCGCCCCAGCUCCUUGCAUGGCCUGGCUGCCAAGCUAGGGCCACCCCGCCCCAAGGCUGGCCGCCGCAAGUCCACCAGCAGCAUCCCGCCUUCCCCACUGGCCUGCCCACCUGUGCCUGCACCCCCACCCCGCUCGCCCUCACCCCUGCCCGGGCACCCACCCACACCCACCUGGUCCCCAAGGUUACGCCGAGGCCAGUCAGCCGACAAGCUGGGUGCAGGUGAGCGGUUAGAUGGGGAACCAGGGCGUCGCAGUCGUGGGCCAGACUCCGAGCUGGUAGUCAUGCGACGGUUGCACCUGUCUGAGCGCCGUGACUCCUUCAAGAAGCAGGAGGCUGUGCAGGAGGUGAGCUUUGAUGAGCCACCCGAGGAGACCACUGGGCUGCCUUCUGUGGUGCCACAGAUUGCAGUGGAGGGUGCCGAGGCUGUGCUAGGAGCCCUGGGACCCGUGGGGAAGGACUGAUUUCUCCUACCUGGCCUCCUCCUGGCCUGGAAAUCAUGCAUUUUUUGUGCAAGAUUCUUCAAAUUAAGUGGCACCCGGAUGGACACUGAACCAGCAGCCUGGGAUACCCAGAAAGCGGGAAGCCAUCAUGGUCCUUGCUCAAAGGUGGAGUCAAGUGCCUCCCUUGUGUUCUGGUGCCAAUCAGUCUGGGGCUGUAGGGCAGAAAUGGGAGAUGAGGGUGGCACUGUAAAUAGCAGCAAAUCCCUGCAACUAAUUUAUUACUUUUUAUAAGCAAUGGCCAGACGGAGCUGUUCCUGUGAUGGCAGCUGCCUGGGUCCUGCCCCAUGCACCUGGGACCCUGUUUGCAGAUCCUGUGCCUGGGGCUCAGAAGGAAGCACUUUGGACGAGUCACAUGUGCUCAUGUUUUCUCGUUUUUCUGUACUUUUAAAGUUUUUUUGUGUGUCACUUGAUCCCAUCCCUGACCUAAGACCUACCUAUUUAAGAGGUCACAGCCCAGCUCACUUGUCUGGGCCAUUUGGAUGUGACCUGGAGAGUCCGUAAUUGAUUCCCCUACACCACAAAACAAAAUCAUCCUCAUGAUGGACUGGAUGCUGAAGGCUGCAUCUCACCAUUGUAGCCUCCACCCAUAGGCCAACCUGGCUAUAGUCUGCCUCUGGUCCUGUGGGCUUAGAUGAUGUGGGCACUAGGCAGAGGGGUCACUCACUCCACAGGAGAGUGCCCAGGAGGCAGAGGCCUCAAAAGACAGUGCCAGGGCAGAAGAAUGUCCACCUUAAGACAAGACUUCACCCUGGACCAUAAUGUGUCUAAAACAUCCCCCGGGGGUUCCUUCAAUGUGUCAGAGCCUCCCUGGGAUGAAAUUCUAAUGAGAAAAUCCAACAGGGAGGCAGUGAAGCACAAGUUUGAAUCUUGGUUUCACUAUUUGGCUCUAGGAAUAUUGCUUCCCCACUCUGUGCCUGAGUUUCCACGUGUUUACAAAACUAAUCCCAGUGAUCAUUUGUUAAGCACCCAUUGUGUGCCAAGUGCUUUUACUCACAGCUUCUUCCUCAGCCAGCCUGAGAAGGCUGGAGGUGAUGUCGUCACCCCCAUUUUAUAGACAAAUGACUGAGGCCUGGUGAGGGGUGGAGACUUGUACCACAAUUGCCUGGUUAGAGCAGGCAGCCAGGCCUUGUUGUGGGCUUUGCCAUCAAAGAAGAUUGAAUACAGUCAUGUCAGUCAGAUACAGCCAGCCUGUGAUACUGUGUGACCCACAGAGCCUUCACUUCCCAUUUGGAGGCGGCUGGCAAGAUUGCUGUGCUCCACGUGGUGAGGGCACUUUCCAUAUACUGCAGCCUACUCUGCAUCCCCCCACCCCGCCCAGCAUUGCCUGGUGUUGGAGCUAGACCAAGGCUAUGCAUGACUUGCUCCUUUCUUCCAUCCCGGAGCUGACAGUGAAUAAAACCCACAGUGACAAAGA